CGGUGGGGGGGGGGGGGAGUAUGCAGAUCACGUGUGGGUCGCCCGGGGCAGGGGCAGAGCCUGCUCCCUCCCUUCAGCAGCAUCCAUGGAGCUUGGCUGGCCAAUAUUUGUAUGCCGCUUUCCAUCAAAAGUCCCCAAAGCGGCUCCCAUAGAUACAAAUAAAGGGGAUCACCACUUUAAAAAGGUGCUUUGCUCAGUCAGCAGGGGAGGACGGAGUUCGGGGGGUCUGCUCAGCGCUGGGCUGCCAGGCAGAACGUGGGGCCACGAGGCUCCCCCAGGCCCACCUUGGGCAAGGCACCGAUUGCAGGCGGGGUCAGCCGGUUACUCGGCAACAGGUUUUGUGAAAGUCAGGGCGGGGGGGGGCACCCACCCUCGUGUUCCUGUGUCCGUCAUUUGUGGCAGAGUGAAAGGCGGGGCUGGGGAAGGCAGAGGCUGUGGCUUGCUGCUGCCAGCCAGUGCAGGAUGAUAGGGACCUCGGGAGCAGGAGGCAGCUUGCUUGCAAAGGGCCAGUCGCAGUUUCUUCUGGGUGAGCAAGCGGUCAGAUCCCACCGGUCAAACGAUAUCAGGACACAGAGAUGUGUGUAGGAGGGUAGGCUGGCCACUUUAAUUAAAAGCAACAAAGCAAACAAAAUAAGCUUAUCAGCAGGGCAGCAUUCGUGAUGCAGAGGAAAUGACAAAGCGGUUGUAAACCCCCAGAGGUCUGUGGCAAUCUGUGUGUUUUGUGGAGAUCCGGAUUUCCUGGCGUUUACCUGCACUUAAAGUGAUGUAACCAGCCGUCCAAAGCGUGGCCUUUUAUGACUUCCAGGAAGUGGAUUAUCCUUGCGGGCCGCCCAUCUGGGGUGUGUGUGUGUGUGUGUGUUUUGCUGCAGGGGUUUCCUGGGCCCUGCGACUGCUCUGAGCUCUGAAGUAGCUGGACAGGCUCAGAGCCACCUCCAAACGGGCAGGUUGCCUUCUCAGCCAGGCUGGGAGGGGAAAUGACGCCAUCCCUCCCUCCCUCCCUCCUGCGGUUGUCAGACAAGGAACAGCAACAGGGUUGGCCGAUGAUUUGGCUGCUAGCAAUGUGCCUCCUCCUCCUGCUGCUGCUGUGAGUCGCUUCUGAGAUUCACUCCUGAUUCUUGACGGUUAGGGAGGAGAAGUUGCGGGUUGCCUGGCGAGGAUGGCGGACUUCUGAGAGCCCAGCGCAAGCAGCCGGCCGCCAGCGAGGGCACGAUGUCGACCGCAGGCCUCGCUGCUCCUGGGAGGAGCGUCCCCCCGCUGAAGAGCCGCUUCCUCCACGGCGGGCAGAGCGUGAGGGCCCUGAAGGCCUGCUGGAGCGGCCCCGCUGGGCUUGGGAACUCUUUCUUCAGCGUGGAGCCUGUCUCCGUGGCCUGCGAUGGGAUGAACUCCCCAGCCCAGCAGCCCUGGGCACCUGCUGACCUCCGUCCGGCCAGCGAGCAGCACGGCAGCCAGGCCCGGCCUCGGAAAGGCGGCUCCCCUCCGCGGAGCCCCGGAAGCGAGAGGCCCGGCCCCGGAGACCCCCCCACCCUCCCCGGCUUCGGCAGACUCUCCGUCAGCACCGGCUGCGUUCCCGACGAGGCGCCUCCUCACGCCCCGGGGAAGAGCGGGCCGCUUCUCACGCCGCCGGCGCCCUCCACGGAGCGGAGCGCCAGGCCUCUGCCCCCCUUGCCCAUCGCGGAGGACUCCCUGCAUGACGAGGAGGAGGAGGAGGACCGGGAGGUCGAGUUCCUGACCAGCUCCGACACGGACUUCCUGCUCGAAGGCGGUGGAGCUGCUGGCGUGAAGCCCUCCGCCCCGGACAGGCGGAGCUUCCGGGACUGUGGGCAGAUCAACUAUGCCUACCUGGAGGCCCCAGUGGCGGGGCCUGAAGCCGGAGAGCCCUGCUCCGCAGCGGCCCCAGUGGCGGGGUGCGCGGCCAGCACCUGCCCUCCUCCACCACCUCCCCAGCAGCUGCACCGACGCCUGCGCCGCUCGCACUCGGGGCCUGCGGGGUCCUUCAACAAGCCGGUGGUGAGGAUCGCGAGCCACUUCCACCGGGCCUCUCCCAGCUCCGACGACGACAAGCCCGAGGUGCCCCCCAGGGCCCCCAUCCCUCCCAGGGCGCUCAAACCGGACUAUCGGCGGUGGUCUGCCGAGGUGGCCUCCCACACUUACAGCGAUGAGGACAAGCCUCCCAAGGUGCCUCCGAGAGAACCCCUGUCCCCCCGGAGCAACUCCCGGACACCCAGCCCCAAAAGCCUGCCCUUGUACCUCAACGGCAUCAUGCCGCCCACCCAGAGCUUUGCCCCGGACCCCAACUACGUCAGCAGCAAAGCUCUCCAGCGGCAGCACAGCGAGGGCUCGGCCCACAAGGUGCCCUGCAUCCUGCCCAUCAUCGAGAAUGGCAAGAAGGUCAGCUCCACCCACUACUACCUCUUGCCCGAAAGGCCUCCCUAUCUGGACAAGUACGAGAAGUUCUUCCGGGAGGCGGAGGAGAGCACCGCAAGCGCAGAUGGGCACCUGUGGGGCAGGGAGGCUGCCGCCGCCGCCACCACCAGGCUGGACUUGCAGGGCCCAGUGGCUGUGGAGGGCCCCGUGAAAAGCAGACACUGGCCCUGCAUGGUUUCUCCGUAGGCCUGGCGGAGACGGUGCCUCCAAGUGGCAGAAGUGUCGGCCCCGGCCGGAGCGGUUUCCCAAGGGGGAAGUCCAGCAGCGCUGCUCUGGGUCUUCCCGGGGGGGGGGGGGGGAGUGGGCUGCCCCCACUGGCGUGGCUCCGGAAGAGGACCAGAGGAACGCUGGAGUCUGCGUAGCUAUCCUUAGCCAGUUCUUCCUUAUGCUAGAGUAAUAUAUAUCUAUCUAUAUUUUUAGGAACUCACGGUAGUAGGGAAAAGAAUUGCCGUCUUCUCACUCAGUGAGCAGCCGAAGCUGAACCCAGAGAGGGGCGCGCAGAGCUGUGUGGUCUGCUGGGCAAGGGACAACAGUGGCAUCGGGGAGUCCUUCUUCUGAAAAACGUGGGUUGGCUCUUCUCCGCCUGCUGCCGGCCCGUGCCAGGAAUGGCCCUGGCGGUGGCUGGGCUGCCCCCGUCUCUGGACUCCGAAAGGCCCCCCAGUGUCUGGAGAGGCGGCCUGAAUUCUUCAAGGUGUGGGGUGGAGGUGGGGGCUCUCUGGCUGGGCUGGCCUCUCCGUCUUGCACGCCGCCGCCGGGCUUCUGCUUCGUGCAGUUCAGCCGACAUUCCACUGACUGGGCCAGACCAAUGUCUCUGCACCCCACGGUCAUCCUCACGAACCCGAGGAAGGAGCCGUGUUGACCUGUUGGGAGCAAAAGGUGCGUCUCUGCACUGGGGUCGGAGUGAUGUUGCCGAGGGAAAGGGGGGCGCCCCCUAGGCAAGAAGGAGACCCUUUAUUUUUCCCCUUUUUGAGAUGGACCAAUGUCCGCCCCCCAGGCAGGAAGUCUGUUUCUAUAUAGCAAAGGGGCACAAGCUGGUCUUGGGCCUGAUCCUGUUCAGUAUUUUGCAGGGAGGUGGGCUUGGUUUGGUGAGCAAAGCCCCGGCCCCCCCUUGAAGGGGUGGGUUCUUCUGCCGCCCCCCCCCCAAUCGCUGCCGGAGAGGCAGCCACGGAGUGCUGAGCCAAAGGCCGGGGGGGCUUUCCUUGCACAUCCCCCCCACCCCACCCCCACCUUGAGCCACUGAAGGAGGCCCACGGCCAAAGGUGCUGCGGCAGCGGCGGAGGAGGGUCCGUGGCGGUGGGCUCCCCGGGGACCGAAGGCAUCCGUUUACAGUUUCAGGAGCAGCCGCGGCUGCCACCAACUGCAGCUUCUGGGAAGCUGGCUUGGUUCUGGUUGACUCCCCAAAUGAAGGGAAAGCGCAGGGUGUGUCCGAGGCGCGCCACGCACUGAGCAUUCUGCACCAGGUGGACAGUAUUGAGCGGGGAGGAAGUCGUCCUUCCCGUUGUGUUUGGGAUCUUGCCACGUCUUGGACGGAAUAAAGCGAUCAUGUCCUUAUUUAUCAUAA